UUUUUUUCCAUUUCUUUCCUUUUCUUUCUUUUCUUUUCUUUUUCUUUUUUUUCUUAUCUUCACAUAAUCAUCAUGAAAUCCAUUCUUUUAGCUAUUGCUACUUUGGGUGUCUCCAUCAUUUCUGCUCAACAAAAUAUUGUUAGUGUCACUUCACCUCUUCAAGGAACUACUUAUACUGCUGGCCAAUCUGCCAUCAUUGCUUGGACAAAUCCUCAAGUAGAUACUAUCUCUCAAAUUGUUUUGGCUCACGGUAAUCCUUCUGCUCUUCAACCUCUUUCUACUAUUGCUACCAAUGUUGAUGCCUCUGCCAUGAAAUACACUUGGAAUAUCCCUGCCGAUCUUGCUGCUGGAGUGGAUUAUGCUCUUGAAUUUGGUACUUCUCCCAACCUUUCUUACGCUGGACCUUUUACUAUCAAAGCUGCUGAUGGUUCUCUUCCUUCAUCUAGUGUGUUGUUGCCACUUCAAGUGCUUUGCCUAGUUCCUCUGUAGUAGCUAGCAGCAGCAUCAGCAGUGCCGCUCCCUCCUCUUCUUCUUCUUCUUCCUCCUCCGUAGUUUCCUCCGCUUCUGCCAGUUCCUCCACAUCUCCUUCUGC